GCUGUGCAGAAUCCUUCGGCGCCCAUGGCGCGACUCAACUUAGGAUGUCUUUGUGCAAAGGGCGGCCGCGGCGGGACACCCGAGGCAAACUUUGAGGCCCCGGCAGCUGAUUUGGCAUCCUUUAGGAUUGAAGCCUUGAAGUUCUGGAUUGGCCGUGCUGCUUCGCUUAAAGAGAGAAAGAAAUUGCUGCUUUUGAAGGAGAUGAUGCAGGCGGCAGGGUGUUCGGACGUUUCCUUGGUUGACGACAUUUGCCAGGGAUUUCGCCUUACAGGAUGGCUGCCCACUUCUGGUGAGUUUGUGCCUAGGUCGCGAAGGCCCAAGUUCACUGUGCAAACCUUGGGUGUUCUUGCGAAGGGCUUCAACAAGGUCACUAGGCGCAAGCUUUCACGCAGGCAGGAUGCAGAUCUUGAAGAGGCCACUUGGGCGGAGACUCAGAAGGAGCUUGAUGCUGGUUGGGUUUGGCUUGACGAGUCCUCGUUGCCCGACGGUGUGGCCCUUGCCAUGCGCUUCGGGAUCAUGCAAAACAAGUUGAGAGUGAUUGAUGAUCUGUCUUGCUGCGGCUUGAACUCCACUGUUGGCUUGCUGGAGAAGUUCUGCUUGCACACGAUCGANNCUCGCUUCAAUGAUGGCUCACGCUUUUGGGAUCGUGCAGGGCGAGUUCAGGAUCGCGGUGAAUCGGCCAGGUUUGCCAAGGAAGGUUCAAAGGCGUCGCCAUUCGCUGCUUCGUUCGAGAUGCUUGGUCUUAGUGUGGACCUCUCUUGUGUCAAGAAUAGGACUUUGAAGGUCGGGCACACUCAGAAGCGGAAGGAUGAACUGCAUGGUUACAUCCACGACAUCUUGAAGGACGGCACAGGUGGUGUCGGUGGCGUUCUUGUGAAUGCUUCAGGCGUUGCUUGUGAGUUCUUUGGAGAGGCAGUGCCAGAGCCCUUGAUGCAAAAGCUGUUGUGCAUCAGCCAGAAUCCAAUCUUCGAACUGGAGCUCAUUCCUCUGCUGAUUUGCUUGAUUGUUUGGGCUCGCCACUUGAAAGGAACCCAGGCGGUUUUUUACUUGGACAAUGAUGGAGCCAGGCACUCCGUCAUUCGCACCUACGGAGGUGGAGACUUCGCGGAGAGAGUGAUUGAAUCUUUCCUUCAGCUGGUUGCACUUCGAACCUCUUUUGACAAAGGGGGCUACAAGGCGUGCCGUGCCCUGGGAUCAGAUCACGCCGUGAUUGACCUGGGGUGA